AUGGCAGGGCAGAGCUCCUUGCUGUAUGGGCUUUUUGACUCUCUGCACCCCCGCUCCCCACUCCUGGGCCGCUUCUGGGUCCUUCUGCUGAUGCUCCUGCGCAUCGUUCUCCUGGGCACUGUGGCCAGUAACUUGUUCGCUGAUGACUCAAUGGAGUUAACUUGCAAUGUACACGAACCAGGCUGCUCGACUGGUUGUAGUUUUCUCUUCCCCAUAUCCAUGUACCGACUUUGGAUCUCGCAAGCUGCGUUGACUGCCACACCGACGUUCUUCUUUCUCGUCUACGCCACUCACCACAAGAACAAGGCCAACGCCAGAGAGGACCUUCACCUGCACCGCCUCUACGUUGUCAACGUAGCCUGUCGACUUCUGACCGAGUUGGUUCUGUUAUUUAUCCGGUGUUGGUUCUAUGGUUUCAAGGUGGAAGGUGUUCUCAGAUGCACCGCUAUUCCCUGCCCUCACGCAGUGAACUGCUUCCUCUUUAAAUCCAGCGAGAAAACCUUCCUCCUCAGGUUUUUCUUUGCUGUCGGCUUGCUGUUGGUUGCGUCCAACAUUGCAGAGCUGGUUGAGGCAGUUCAGAGUCAAUCCUGGAAUUACUUGGCACUAGGCAAGUAG